GUGCGCCUGGCGAGACAAAGGCGGCGGACCGACCGGGGUCAGGCGGCAGCACACAGCGGAGAAUCACUGUUAUUUUUGUUACUAAAAGCCAACAGCUAACCUUGGAUUUCAGCUGCACUCUCCCUGAUGACGUACAGAAUGAAGACUCAGUGACACUCCCAGGAAUAUGCUUUGACUCUCCAAAAAGUGGAAAACAACGGAGCCCUCUUUUCGGUUUUUAACGUUUUUCUCCUACGCCCCCCGUUUAGCGUGCUAGUUAGCUAACACUAGUAGCUAGCUCCUACUAGCGCUGCGCUGGUCGCCUCCUCCUCCUUCUGCCUGCUUCUCAUCUUUCCCUCAAGAACUGAGACACAAGCGAAGAGAGGACCUCGUCGACAAAGGCAAGAUAAAAAAAGGGUGAGCUCAACUCCCUACUAACAGGCAUCCGUGAUCUGAUGUGAGAUCCACGGAAAGAGUAUGCCUAGCCCUUUAUUCCACCCCGAGAUUAUGGACCACGACGUGGUGAUCAGCAGCCAGCACAACGGGGUCGGUCUGCCCCGAGACACAGACCAGGAAUCCCGGGAAGAGGAUCACCAAGAGGCGCUCCGCUUCGCCCUGGACCAGCUGUCACUCAUGGCCCUGGAGAAGGUGGACUGUGGGGGCGGCGGUGGUAGCGGAGGCGGCGGGCUGGUCGACACUCUGGAUGGGACCCAGGGUCCGGGAUCGGAGAGCUGCAACGGCGUGGGUGGAGGGGGCUACGUGGAUCUACAGAUGCUGGACCAUCCCAGCGGAUCCCGAGACUCGCCGACGUCUUGCUCUCCAUCCCCGGAGUAUUACGGCUCGGGCGGGUACCACAUGGCCGGCUCACACUCCAUGCUUCACGGGGAACAAAGCUCCGUCCUCUGCAGCAGGAAAAGAAGUGUCAACAUGACUGAAUGUGUGCCUGUUCCAAGCUCUGAACAUGUGGCAGAAAUAGUAGGGAGACAAGGUUGUAAGAUCAAGGCCUUGCGUGCCAAGACAAAUACCUACAUAAAGACUCCAGUCAGGGGCGAGGAACCAGUGUUCAUUGUGACUGGUCGCAGGGAGGAUGUGGAGAUGGCUAAACGUGAAAUAGUAUCUGCAGCGGAGCACUUCUCUAUGAUCAGGGCAUCCCGAUGCAAAGCUGGAGGGCCGGGUGGUGGAGGUUCACUCCCUGGACCCCCGCAUCUUCCUGGACAGACAACCAUACAGGUGAGGGUGCCCUACAGAGUGGUUGGUUUGGUUGUUGGACCAAAGGGAGCCACUAUCAAGCGCAUCCAGCAGCAGACUCACACCUACAUUGUGACUCCGAGUCGAGAGAAGGACCCGGUCUUCGAAGUGACCGGCAUGCCUGAGAAUGUCGAUCGUGCACGAGAGGAGAUUGAGACCCACAUCACCCUGCGAACUGGAACCUUUGUAGACCUACAGGGAGACAACGACUUCCACACCAACGGGACAGACGUCAGUCUAGAGGGCCUGGGUGCCCUGAGUGGUGGGCUGGGGGCAUCACUGUGGUCCAGGGCUGCCAACCAUCAUUCUGCCCCUCCUCCUCCUCCGCCAUCCCCACCUCCUGCUCUUCCAAUGGCCAUGCACCACUCCUCCAACCGCAAGCUGUCCUCCUCAGUCGCCUACAACACGCACAAUGGCGGGAUGAGCUCCGACAACUUCAACAACACACGUAAAGCCAAUGAGGGCGGCAGCCCCACAAGCCCUUUUAGCACAGGCUCCAGCAGUGCUGGAGGAGGAUUCACUUUCGGAGGUGAUUCCACACCAGGGCUGCCUUCAGAUGAACUGGGAUUUGAGUUCAGCGCUUCCAACAUCUGGGCACCUUUUGUCAACGGAACAGGCAAUAAGACGGCCAGCUCCUCCCAGCAGCAGCCUCUCCGCCGAAACAGCAGCGGCCUGAGCGGCGGCGCCAUUACUCCACGAUUGUCUCCCACUCUGCCUCAGGAUACGGGCAUGGGACCUCUGGAUCACCCGUUAGCCCGUCGUGCCCAGAGCGACCCUCUCAGCACUCUCUCCUGGCUACAGUCCGGCAGCACAAGCGGCGGCUCCUUCUCCGGAGCAUCGAGCUCCAGCUCCGGCGGCUCAUCGACCGGAUACUCCUCCUGCUCAGCCUCGUCCCUGCCCGGCGGCUCACCGACUGACUCCGAGGGAGGCAGCAGCGGAGUGGGCCUCAGCUCGGGGAUGCUUAGCAGGCUGAAGGGCAGCUCUGCGCCCGGGGUGGCCGCUCUGGUCGGCGUCAGCCCCGGGGUCAACAGGGACUGCUUUGUGUGUUUUGAGAGUGAGGUGACAGCAGCUCUGGUGCCUUGUGGUCACAACCUGUUCUGCAUGGAAUGCGCAGGACAAAUCUGCCAAUCAGCUGAGCCAGAGUGCCCCGUGUGCCACACCCCCACCACACAGUGCAUCCGUAUCUUCUCCUAAUGCUCCCGUCGGGGGUAAAUAUGUAGGAGGGGCAGGGAGCAAACUGGAGUAGGGCACCAGCUGUGGCAGAGGAAAUGGAAGGAUUCACACUAAUCUUCACACACACGAUGGACCACAAUAAUAAAUGCAUUAAUAGAGAUGAUGAUACUAUACGGAUGUUGAUGUUUAUUGCUGAUAACUGUCAAGAUUAAUAAUAACAAUAAUAAUAAUAAUAAUAAUAAUGACAAUGACUUAUUUUCAGAGUGAAGUAAAUUGAAACAAGUCUGCAGACAGUCGGGGCUCAGACAGUCUCUUAGUGCUGAACUUAUGAAAGGAAACUAGUGUCUUAUCUCUCUUCAGGCCUUCAUUUUGACCCGGAUCAGCCUUGACGCAGCUCAGGCUGCCGGCCACUGGUCUGUCUUUGACAUUUCCUCCAUUCUGGCUUCUUCAGAUCUCUGCCUGCUUUCUGUCUCACAGCCUUUUUCCUUUUGACACUUUUGUACUUAACAGGUAUUUUUCGAUGAAGCUGUCAACGAGGCCUGCACUUUUUCUACUCCUUAUUUUAAUGUUCUUGACAGGACGCAAACUUGUUCCCACAAUCCUUCGCUUUUCUCCUCUGCUCUCUCACUCAUGCUGUUGUUUGUGACAUGAAGCAGCGGGGGUUGCUAUUUUCUGAAAGCUUGGAACUUUUUUUUGAAGGUCAGCAUGUAGUCAGGCACCUGCAGAACAAAACACCCAAGGGACCUCUGAAGGAUAAAUUCCUGUUUCUCAUUGCCACACAGACAUAAGCAGAACUUAGCCAUCAGUGAUGCCAAAUGAAUGCUAUUGAAAGAAACACCAAGCAUCUCCUUUACCUUAUGAAAUUGAGUAACGUGUUUGACGAAUUUAGAUGAGCCCGGCCCACAUUUCAGAUGGGGCCGCUGCAUCAAUUCACAUUUAAUUGUAAUAAGUGAGAAACCAUUAAUGCUUCUGAAGGAAUGUGUCUGAGGUCAGUUCUCUGUACGUUUGGGCUGCCUGACAAUCCCUUUACAUCUCUUGUGUGUAUGUGUGUGCGUGUGUGUAUUGGGGUAGUUGUAAUAAAACGCCCUCUCAUGCUGGUUUCACAUUGGCGUUGUCGUAUCCUCGCCAUGAGGAGGUGUGGUUCGUAUCCUGCUGCCCGCCUGCUUCUUUCUAUCAUAGAAAGGUGAUCCCUCCACACCAGGACAUCUUCCCUCCGGUCCUUUCACAUCCUGUCUGUUACACUUAGUUUCGCGUAUUUAGUGUUUUCUACUAGUUUUAUGACUAUUGACUGUCAUGUGUGUGGCUAACAGACAUAUUUUCAACUCUAGGGUAAGAUAGGGCUUUCUGAUGUCACACAUGAAUGUUUUGUCCAAUAGGGGUCUUGAUAAAGGAGAAAUGGCUGCUCCUCCACAUGAAACGAAAACAAGGGGCUCGAUUGAACAAUUUUUUUUUCAUGCACUGUAAUUCCUGGCCCCUCUAAAAAAAAAAAAAAAAAGAAAAAAAAAGAAACUAUGAACAGCUCUUACUGUUUUUGUUUGGUUUUCAGUCUUCCACCCCAGUCUCGCAGCAAAGCUGUAUGGCACUCUCUCAAACGACACACUGUUGGCCCCAUAUAGCGCUGCACUCCUGGCCAAACCUAGAGCACUAUAUGGAUAGUUGUUUGAGAUCUGUCCUGUUUUCAUAGCAUUUCUGAGUAACUCCUGAGGCAGUUGCGCCCUGUUUUGUGUUUGUGUGUUAUAGUUUUCUUCAAUUCCGUGUGAGUUUGCAGUAACUGCCUCCUAUAGUGUUAAUACUGUAUGUAUGAUUUGGGCAAUGUCAGCGUGAUGGUACAUGGUUGCCGUUCGUGGCCACUUUGAACAUACAUGGAAUCAGCUCAUAGAAUGAGACAAGCCAUGACAACUGAAUUAAAAAAAACGACACACCUGAUUAUUAAGGGCUUCCUCUGACUGCACAGACAUUAUCACAUUUUCAGGCUCUCUCAGUAGGAAGAAUCAACUUAUCCUUUAAGGCAGCUAGUAGCUAGGUCAUCCAGGGCUUCCAGACACUCUUUGUGUUCCAAUCCCAGCAGCUGCAGAAUGUUUUUUGCUUGUUUGCUGUAAUGGUUAUAUUUUCUAAUUGGUCGGUCCCUGCACAGUCAUCACCUGGUCCUCAAACCACAGUUGUUAGUUGAGUGUAGGGCUCUGCAGUGGCUGUGUGUCCUCCUCUGGACGUAAAUGCAGAUCAGGAAGUAUUGAGGUGUUGAAUAAGGAAAGAAGGGUAACUCUAUACACGAGUGAAUAAUGAGCAAAGCCACAUGGGCUUGAACCCAGUGGGCAGUUGCUGCUGUGCUUUGGUGCUCCAGCCAGUGUAGUGUUGAACCUAUUUGCUGUGCGCUUCUCUGGGUGUCUGUCUGUUCGUUUGCUGCUUAGGUGACGAGGGCAGUAGCUCCACUGAGGAAUCCAAUAAGCCGCUGUCCUGGUUGAGCACAGCAGUGCACUGAUUCUCAUGUCAGAUGUGUAGGAAAUCUGCCCUGGAGCUGAACUGCCAAUCUCUGAAGUCUGGCCCACGGUGCUUAUGUGCAACUCCCCACUGAAACGCAGUGAUGAACAAACUCAGUCGGUAGCAGGAGGGCGUCUAGUUCUCAGACUAACUUCUUCAGUGCACUGUAGACCCGACCACCCUGUUCUCAUUCCCCUAGUCCCCCCCGUGGGACUGCUGUGUUGAAACUGGCAACCCAUCCCUCAUCUGGGCUCUGAUGUUAAGUGUUGCGUUUCGUCUCGUUACUUGUGCACAUUCAGAUCAGAUACAGGGCUGCGAAAGUGUCUGAAUGAACAGAGCAGUCAUGACUGUUGUGAGUCUGUUGAGGCCAAUCUUAAGCCCUUCUUAAAACUGUCCAAGUUGAUGUGUUCAAGGAAUAAAAUGUGUUGUGUUUGGGUUUAAUGUAAAUUCUGGUGCUGCACCAGGAUGUUUCUGGCCAAUGAGCGAAUGUUAGGUUUAAUGUACAGUAGUUUAAUUGUUAAAAAAGGUACAAAUUUUUUGAGGUUGACUGCUGAUUUUUAUUUUUUUUAGCCAAACGUAUCCCCUCCCCCAUUUCCUUCCUUAAGGUUUGAAAACAGGGUUUCCUGAGGCAUGCUAGCCAGUGACCUCUGACCUUUUUUGUGAUUAGAGGGGGGAUGCAAAGAGAGCCACACCAUUAAGGGGUGACAGACUCCCCCUCAAGCCUCCGCUCUCCUAUUUUGCUUUAAUUCUCUUUGUAUGCAGAACCAAAAUGUAAACGUCAGCAAACUAGGUUUCAGGCCUGACCUGUAUGUAAAUACCCGGAAUACAAUCAUUGGGAUCUUGUUUUCAAAAGCAAAAGGACUUAAUUGAAGAAAAGUGUAGUUUCUAAAGAACAUGUAUCAUUAUUUGUAAGUUAACCAUCUGCAUGUCUUCAAGCCAUCUGGCUUUAGCUAAUAAUUUUUAAGAUUAAAAAAAAAAAAAACUUUUUACACAUUUUAUUUUUUACAAUUUAUUUGCUUACCUAAAUAUCCCAGACAAUAAUGUGACCCUUUUUAUUACUUCAAAUUUAUUUUUGUUUUCCAUUUUUUUAUUUUCUUUAUUUCCUGUGUACUACAUAUAGGCAAUUUAUAACAAAAUGAGAAAAUUAUUGAAGAAAUUUUAAAAUUGAAAUAUAUUUUAUUUGAAAGUUUAUGGACCUUUUAACCGUGAGCCGGAAAAAUUGUAUAAUCAUAUAAUUUGAGCUGACUUGACGGUUAUGAGAAAUGUAUCAAGAGUUUUAUUUUUUAUGCUUCUUUAAUAAAGUCUUGUUUUUGGUUUCAUUUUUUUACUGUAAAAUAA